AUAUGUAAGUUAGUCAUACACUAACAUUGUGUAGGAUUGUGAGUGCAGUAAAGUGCAGUGUAUGCAUACAGUGGAACAUAUAACUUGUUUGUAGGAAAACCUGUUCGUUAUAUCAGGAGUGAAUUUAGAGGUUUCCCAGGGGAAAGGAAACUUGCACGAUUUACGUUUUAAUUGGACGUAGGUACAACGGACUUCAACGCGACAUAUUUCUAAAAAAUAUUACUUAAUUAAUAAAUACUAAGAUGAUGCUCCUCAUAAUAUGGGGUCUGGUGCUGGUCGCAGCCCUCGCGCUGUACCUCCACCAGGUCUACUCCAAGUUCAGCAUCCUGGGGGUGAAGCACUUCAAGCCGGUCCCGCUUUUGGGCAACAUGGCAAGAGUCACGCUGAGGAUGAACCACUUCUCUGAUGACGUUGAGAGGCUUUAUAAUGCCUUUCCUAGUGAAAGAUUCGUGGGACGUUACGAGUUCCUCAAUCCGAUGCUCAUCAUCCAAGACAUCGAGCUGGUGAAGAAGAUAACAGUGAAGGACUUCGAACAUUUCCUCGACCACCGUGCCUUCGUCGAUGAGCAAGCGGAUCCUUUCUUCGGCAGAAAUCUCUUCUCAUUGAAAGGCCAAGAAUGGAAGGACAUGAGGUCGACCUUGAGUCCAGCGUUCACCAGCUCCAAGAUGCGACACAUGCUGCCGUUCAUGGUGGAGGUCGGAGACCAAAUGGUCAUGACUCUGAAGAACAAGAUAUUGGAAUCAGGAGUGGGCUAUACGGACGUCGAAGGCAAGGACCUGACGACCCGCUACGCCAAUGACGUCAUCGCCUCCUGCGCAUUCGGCCUCAAGGUCAACUCUCAUGUGGAACAAGACAACGAGUUCUAUAAGAUGGGCAAGAUCGCCUCCACUUUCAACUACAUACAGUUACUGAAAUUCUUCGGUUUUGUGUCUUUCCCAAAAUUGAUGACGCUACUUAAAGUUUCUCUGUUUACUGAAGAAAGCAAGAACUUCUUCAAAAACGUCGUGAUGAGUACCAUGCACGAGCGAGAGGUGAACAAUAUCAUCAGACCUGACAUGAUCCACCUUCUCAUGGAAGCUAAGAAAGGUCAGUUAGUGCAUGAUGAGAAGACACAAGACGCUGAUGCUGGCUUCGCUACUGUAGAAGAAUCAUCAGUUGGAAAAAAGGAAACAAACAGAGUCUGGUCCGACACAGAUUUGAUAGCUCAAGCAGUACUUUUCUUCGUCGCUGGCUUCGAGACUGUAUCAUCAGCUAUGUCAUUCGCUCUUCAUGAGCUGACUGCCAACCCUGAAGUCCAGGAGAAACUGGCGCACGAGAUCAAAGAAAAUGAGAUGAAGAACGGUGGCAAGUUUGAUUACAACUCUAUACAGAACAUGACUUAUAUGGAUAUGGUUGUAUCAGAAGUACUCAGGCUGUGGCCACCAGCAAUUCUUCUAGACAGAAAGUGUAUCAAGGAUUACAAUUUAGGAAAGCCCAAUGAAAAUGCUAAGCAUGACUACAUUAUCCGUAGCGGCGAAAAUCUUAGCAUUCCCGCUUGGGGCUUCCACAGAGACCCCAAAUUCUUCCCGAACCCGCUUAAGUUUGACCCUGAAAGGUUUUCAGAAGAGAACAGGCACAAGAUCAAGCCUUUUACUUACAUGCCCUUCGGUUUUGGACCUAGAAAUUGUAUUGGUUCGCGCUUCGCCCUGUGCGAGGUGAAGGUGAUGCUGUACCAGCUGCUGCAGCACUUCGAGCUGUCUCCGUGCGAGAAGACCAGCAUCCCCGCGAAGUUGUCUACGGAAACCUUCAACAUCAGGAUCAAGGGGGGACAAUGGAUGAGACUGAAGAUUCGGAACUAAAUCUGGUCAAAAUGUUAACCCUAUCUGAUCUGUCAACGUCAUUUUUGAAAGCUUGUGUCGAUUUAUUUUAUCGAUUUUCGAUAGUCUGAAAUUAGUGUUCAAUACAACAUCGAUUAGAGAAUCUUUAUUGAUUACUAGCACCCCGCCCAGGCUUUGCACGGUUAAAUAUUUAUUUGUUUAUUUUUCAUUAAUCUUUGACAGUGUGUUAUUACAGAUUUAUGCCAAAGAAACAUCACUUAAGUACUUAUAUGUAUGUUAUUAUACGUUGUUUGUGACUAAGGGAUAGGCUUACAAACUUGGGAUUCUUUUUAUGCGAUGGGCUAGCAACCUGUCACUAUUUGAAUCUCAAUUCUAUCAUUGAACCAAAUAGCUGAGCGUGGCCUAUCAGUCUUUUCAAGACUGUUGGCUCUGUCUACCCCACAAGGGAUAUGGACGUGACCAUAUGUAUGUGAGUAUGUCGUUUGUGAAUUUCGCCAAGGUUAAACAGGUCCAAAAACUCCUACAUAUAAUACUAGUGACGGGGGAGUGUCUGGAUAGACUUGUUCUCGACUGUGGUAUAUAAAUACAGUUUACGCCUUUUAGAAACAAACUCAUCCGGCACUGACAGUGACAGUUUCGCAAAUAUCUGGCUAUUGCAAUUCAUACGAGUGCCAAUAUAAGUACCUACGAUAGUCACAAAUGAAAAAGACCUCUCUCAGAAAACCCUGUUCCAAACAUUUCGAACAGUAACAAAAUCCAUCCUAAACUUUUCGAGUUCUGCGCAUACACAGACAGGAAAAUAUGGCGACUUCACUUUACAGCAGUGAUGAGUUAUAACUUGAGGGUAAAAAAAAUUAAAUGGAAAUUUAAAAAAAGAACUCACGCUAAAUAAAUUUAAUUCGAGAAUUCUCGUGCUUUUUGAGUAAGUUUUAGAUUCUGACGAGUAACAAAAUCAACACAAGAUGUUUGAAAGUUAACGUUUGAAGUCAAACUUGGUGAAAUUGUUGAAAACCGCUGAGGGUUAUAAAUAAACUAAGAUCAGUAAAAGGGCUCAGAAAGGUCUGAAAUAAUUUCAAUAUUCGGCCGGCAGGGCCUGGAAACUUAUUGGAACAAAGAAUAUAAGCAUUGCUAUCCGAUGGGGAAAUGCUGCCAGCCUUCUGGGCACGUUGCCAUGAUAGUUUUUAUAUAAUUAGAGCCAACAGUCUUGAUUUGUGCCGUGUGGUUUCCGGCACCAUUACAAAAAAGUAUAGGACCACUCCAUCUCUUUCCCACGGGUGUCGUAAAAGGCGACUAAGACUAAAAUGCCACGUUCGGCUUAAGGAUGGAAUCGAGAUUUAAAUAGUGACAGGUUACUAGCGCAUCGCCUAAAAGAAGAAUCCCAAGUUAAAAAGCCUAUUCCUUAGUAGGUACCUUACUAAAAUAAUCACGAAUAAAUAAUUCUUGUAUGACAUUAUCAAUAUUAAAUUUUAGAAUUGUGAGCCCAUAUCCUAAAAAUAGAGUACCGAAUUUAUAAUAUUUAUAAAUAUCUUUAUCGAUGACGCAACUUCAAAAUUUAAAAAAUUAAAUUCUACUCAAAUUCUCUCUAUUGAUUAGACAUUGGAAAUUCAUUACGCGUGACGCGGAAUUAAAAGACAGAAGGUGAAAAAUUGCUUCUGAGAAGAUUACUACGAGAUUACCUUCGCGUCAUUUAUCAAGUUCAUCGCGGGAAGGGAGGAUCGUCAAGUUAGUUAGCAGUACAAGUCAUAAGAAUUAGCGGGGGGUCCAUCUACUAGGCCGGUUCCAGUCACCGGAAUUAUCCACAUAUAACAAACAAACACACAUAUACACACAGACAAACAAACAAACAAACAAACGUACAAACGUACAAACGAACAAACGUACAAACGUACAAACGUACAAACGUACAAACGUAUAAACGUACAAACGUACAAACGUACAAACGUACAAACGUACAAACGUACAAACGUACAAACGUACAAACGUACAAACGUACAAACGUACAAACAAACAAACUUGUCUGUGACACUGAAGGUAGCGGGUUCGAAUCCCGGCCUGGGCAUGAUGAGAAACGAACUUUCUCUUAUUGGCCUGAAAUAUAUAGUAGUAGGUAUCGUUGAGGUAGUGUCUCGUAACACAAGUCUCGAACUUACUUCGAGGCUAACUCAAUCUGUGUAAUCUUUCCUGUUAUUAUUUUUAUAUUAUAUAUAACUAUCGGAAAUUAAAAAAAAUACAACCGGCUUUUAUUUUUAUUGUAUUUUUUUAAAUAUCCUAUGACUUGUACCACUGCGGGAGGAUUUAGUUCCUUCCGACACCUAAUGCUGCAGAAUUCCUGCGCUUCAAAUAACUAUUCCUCGAUUUAUCCCUCUUUUUCAGACUUUGUCAAUAAUGGUACUUAUAAAUAUUGUAUUUUGAUCAUCGAAUCUAUGUGACGUGUGGUUGCCGGCACCAAUAAUAAAAAAGAAUAGGACCACUACUUCUCUUUCCCAUGGAUGUCGUAAAAGGCGACUAAAUGAUAACCUGAUCUUGAGAUUCUUCUUUUAGGCGAUGGGCUAGCAACCUGUCACUAUUUGAAUCUCAAUUCUAUCAUCGAACCAAAAAGCUGAACCUGGCCUAUCAGUCUUAUCAGGACUGUUGGCUCUGUCUCUCCCGCGGGGGAUAUAGACGUGACUAUAUGUAUGUAAUCUAUGUGACCAAUAUGGGAUUACUAGCUGUUAUCCGCAACUUCACCCGCUUGAAUUUAAUGCUAUCCACAAAAAAGCGACAAAAUUAGCAACACCUACAGAAAACAACGUAUUAAACGUCACUUACAUACGAAAAGCGACAAAUAUUUUGUAGGUGGCGUUAAUUUGUUAUUUUUGUGAUGCUUAUUUCGUCGCAUUUUUCUACAUACAUACAUACAUAAAAUCACGCCUUUUUCCCGGAGGGAUAGGCAGAGACUACGCCUUUCCACUUGCCACGAUCUCUGCAUACUUUUUUCGCUUCAUCCACAUUCAAAACACUCUUCAUGCAAGCUCAGCGGUUUCGGGUACUCUUGACCUGAUCAUUUGCCAGGACGUCCUUAGUUUGAUCAAGAUACCUACGUAGUUUUAAGUUAGUUACUAGUUUAGGGCAUUUUGGUACAAAAAUUGUUAUAGAUUAAGGUUUAUGUUCUUGAUA